AUGUUGUUGCAAACUGUCUACCGACUGACGUCGCGAACCGGGUUCGAUGGUCUGGAAUCUUUCCAAGAACCAGUUCCCACGGCCAGCAAGCAUGAUAUACUCAUCAAGGUGUGCAGUGUGGCCUUGAACUUCCGAGACAUUGCCAUUGCCACCGGCACUUAUCCGGUCCCGGUCAAGGACAAUGUAGUUCCUUGCUCGGACAUGGCAGGUGAGGUUGUGCAAGUGGGUGACGAGGUGAAGGGUUUCGCUGUGGGUGACUUGGUUAUCGCACCUGUCAGCCUAGAUACGUUGUACGGCCCAGUCAAGGAGCAGGCCGGUAGCCUCGGUGGCUCUGAGGAUGGGGUACUCCGACAGUAUCUCACGCUGCAGGGAAACACUGCCAUCAAACUACCGAAGUCUAAUCACAGCCUUGAUGAAUGGGCGGCCACAGUGACGGCCGUGUAUACGGUAUGGAAUGCCUUUUACGGCGCUAUGCCGCUCAAGCCUGGGGACACAGUUCUGGCUCUGGGAACCGGAGGGGUCUCCAUUGUUGCUGUCAUCCUUGCCAAAGCCGCCGGGGCGACGACCAUCAUCACCUCUUCCAGUGACGAGAAACUGGGGCAAGUCAAGUUGCAGUACGGAGUCGACCACACCAUCAACUACAAGACAUACCCGAAAUGGGCCGAAGAGGUUAUGAAAAUCACAGGUGGCCGAGGCGUAGAUCAGGUUAUCGAGGUCGGUGGGGUGGGCACCAUUGAACAGAGCAUCGCGUCGGUGGCAAACGGCGGCACCAUCUCCGUCAUUGGAUUCCUGGCUUCACUCCCCGAUGACAAGAUGCCCAAUGUCACGUUACAGACCCUCCUCAAGGGCGCCAACCUUCGUGGCGUCUUGGGAGGUUCGAAGCAACAACUCGAGGAGGCAGUCCGUUUCAUCGCCGCGCGGAACUUACCCAUGCCCGUCACAAAGACAUUUCCAUUCACCAAAGAGGGUAUUCUCUCCGCUUUCCAGUACGUUGCUUCAGGUCAACAUAUGGGAAAGGUAUGCAUCAGCUUGGGCUGA